AUGUUCGCGCUGCUAGUCGCAGGGCCCGCUGCUCCGACAAUCGGCGCGCGCGCGGCCGCGAACGACGAGACUCCCGCUGGCGACAACCAGCGCAACGUUCUUCGCCACCAAGCCCGUUCCGGCCUCUUUGCGUCCACCCCCUCACCCGUCGGCGCUAGCAUAUUGGGGGGGGCAACCUCGGACACACCAGCCCCCUGCCCGGGCAGCCUGCCCGACUCGUGCCCCUCUGGCUACCAAAGUGUGGUGGCUGGGUGUUACCAGGCCCCUGCUUGCCCAGCCGGUUCAGAAGAGAUCUUGACGAUCUGCUACGCCAGCUGCCCAAGCGGCUACACGGUGAGCCUUGAUAUCUUUUGCAAGAGCAUCCCGGCCCAUUGGUAUGAUAUUCCGCAUUCCGUCAGCAGACCGAAAGUGCCAAAGACCAAUGGCGUCGGUCUUAAAGCGUUCGAGUGCCCCCCUGGCACCCGGCUUGCGGGCGCCAAGGCCAUUGGUAUUAGCGUGGGCUACUGCUACCAAGACUCGUGCUUCGAUCAAACCAUCGGGGGUGAGGUGGUCAACGCUGUUGGAGACAUCGGCUCGCUAUUCACCAGCUCGUACGCCAACUACGAGAACAUCGAAAAGAUUGAGGAGUGCCUCAAGGCGAAUAUGAACAACUUUGCGGACCCCUGGCCGGGCAUCGAGACGGCGGUCAAGCAGAUGUUCUCAAGCACGACUGGCUUCAUCAGCAUCGGCUACGACGCCUUCCACUCUUUCGUCGAGCCCUCCCUGCAAACGGGGUUGCUGGACGUCGACACCUUCGUUGGCUUCCUCACAUCGAGCUACAGGGUCUCAGUUACAGCCUUGGGCGCGACGGCCGGUGAUAAUGCCAACCUCACGUAG